AUGAUCAGCGAAAGCACGCCGUUAGUGGGCAACUCCACCGCGCAUUCCUAUCAACUGAGCGACGGAGAAUUGUGUGCGCGGAGAUGUAGCGAAAAUAGCUGCAGUGCGGAGGUGCGAAACCAACGCAUGAGGCAGUACUAUCACUCUGUGUUUUGCUCCGGUGGCAUUGACGUGGCUGUGCGCAACGUCGCUGUGGUUCAGCGACCCUGGCUGCAACGCUGCUACCCCAAUCGGCGUCGUGGUCGUAUUUGCUGCCAGGGUGUCUCCGCCCAGUUCAGGCGAGGAAGGCUGCACGUGGUGGCCGACGUGGACGGUAUUGCUGCGUCAUCGCUGAUGACGGUAAUAACAGGACGAGGCACACAGGCGUCAGGGGAUAUCUGGGUCGACGAUGUGGCUGUCGACGCGCAAACUCGACUGCGCCUCAUUGCCUACGUGGGGACCGAGUCUCUCUUCAUCCCUUUCCUGUCAGUGCAUGACAAUUUGUGGUUUGUGGUGUAUCUCCACCGCAAGGAGCAGCGCAGCUGGACGCAAGAGUUGGUGUUGGCCGCCGCCAGCUUCGUCAGUCUCGAUCUCCGUAAGAAAGUCACAGACCUCUCACAGUCGGAGAAGUUCCGCUUGCAGGUGGCACUUGAGCUCGUGCUGGACCCACCGGCACUGUUCUUUUCCUACCCUUUUGACACCAUGGGUCUGGUUGAGCAAAAUGAAUGCACCCAGCUUCUCUCCCGGGUCUGCGUAGUCAUGAUGAAAACAGUGGUGCUGAGUACCCAAUUGAUGCCCAUGUCUUUACACAGCGCCGCCGACACACUCCUCCUGUUUGGAGUCGGUGGAGUGGUGUUGUUCUCCGGGAAGUGCCAAGACGCCAUAUCAUACUUCAACUGCCUCUGCAUACCCAAGCAUGUACCACAGCCGCUUUGGAAGGAAGUUCUAGGUCCUGGGUUGCAGGCACAUUUUGCGGAGGAGGAUCGGCGGACUUUCCACGCGGCAUCGUUUCCCACUUCCAAUUCCAGCUCCUUAUCACAAAGGUUUGUUGACGGUUCAGGAAGUCUCUUGUACUCAGCCCUGUGCACGCCACCGCGACUUUCGUCGCGCCUGUUUCUGCUGGAUGACCUGAACGGCACGCCGCCGCCGCCGGUCUACCGCCGUACGGCUGAAGGGGACACAGUGCCACCUAGUGCAGUUGUCGAAGUGGCGACUAGCGGGGAUCUGAUGGACUUGGCGGUGGAGUGGGCCGAGAGCGAGUCGCAGACCAUGUUCUACGCCGCCAAGUACUACGACUCUUCAGUACAUGCUGCUCUCCUUUCAUCGCUGGACCCCGCCACCACUCGAAGUCCUACCACAACGCCUCCCCCGCUUCCCCCACUCCGUGCGCUACCAACUUGCGUCUGGCGCUUUGGUGUGCUACUCACAUACACGCUAAAGCAGAUUGUGGCGGACGCUGAACUGUUAUUGGGCGUCGUGCUUCUUUCCGUUGGGCUGCUCGUUCUCACCGUCGCAGUGCACUCGCAGCCUGAGAAUCAAGGUGGCAUGUACAACAUCCGCGGGCUCAUCUUCAUAGCAUUUGUGCUCGUCCUUCUUUCGAACCUUGCCGCAAUCGAGAGCAUGCGUGGCCAACUCCGCGUUGCUCUCGACCACCGGAAGCGAAAGUUGUACGGGUCGCUGAGCUUUAUCGUGUGUCUCGGUGUCCGUAUAGUAGUUAUCCGCACCGUCUACCUCGCCCUUUUCCUUCCAUUUGUACUAUUUGUCUUGCGCUCCUCGUACUCGCUGGCCAUACUGGUUGGCCUCGUCAGCUGCACCCACGCUGCGUUUCAGUACUUGGUUGCUCUGCUUCCCUCGCGGCGGUGGGUGAUAUGGGUCUCGUACGCGUACUUUGGGUACAGCAUAAUUUUCUCAGGGUUUCUCCUGAACCUGCGUACACUUCCGCCUCUUCUCGGAGUUCUCAGCUUUCUGCGGUGGGGCUACGGUGCCGUGAUCUACGCAUGGUUGCACGGCAAAGCGUUCCAGUGCGACGGCGCUGGGAACACUUCCUACUGCUACACCGGCGACGAUUACCUUGCCAUGGAGGGGCUGCAGGAUGAAUCUGUCAUGUCGUCUGCUUUGAUUCUCGCCUUAUUGGGUGCUUCCAUGAUGACCCUCCUACUUGUCUUGUGGUCAUUGAGGACUACAUAG